CAAACCCCUGCUCAAUGUCCGGCGAGCCGACAUUUCAAGAAUUUGCGUUCAAAAAUUUAUAUUUAUUUUCAUCUAUCAAUGUAUUUCAUUUCUGAAAAUUACUAAUCGGCUGCUUGUUUAUGUUUCAUUGUUUAGAACGUGAGAAGUAAAAAUAUAACUGCGAGACCUUACUAUAUGAACAACGUCUUUAGAUUAACACCAGUGUUAUUCAAUCGUAAAGUUUCUACGGCGGCGCACAUAAUGGAUCUACGGCAAUUCCAGAGUCUGGCCUGGUGCAAACCAGAUUGGUGUUUCCCGAGUAUGAGCAAGGAAACAAAUGAGCUGCUGAGGCAAUGCAUCGACAUACCAAAGGCUAACCUGACUGAUGAUGUGGAGGAACUCAUCAAGCGGAGCAAGGAGUUCCCUGUGACAUUUCCUAUUGAAACUGUGAGACUACACCAGCUGAAAGAAAACCGGCCUAUUGAGAAGCUAAAGAAGAACAUAGUGUCCACAUAUCCCAUCAUACAUGAAAGGGUUCUGUAUCUUAUGACACACUUCCUCAUUUAUAAAAGAGAAUUUGGAAGCGCCAUAGAGAAGGCGUUCUACAAAGACAUGACAGUUCCAGACCUCAUAGACAGGAUACUACAGAAGAGAGCGGUUACAUUCAUGGAUGAGAAUGACCAUUACUUAUUAUUGUCGGGAGAAACUGGAUACGACGGGUGGGAAUCUGUAGGCACAUUGCAACAGAAACCUCCAUUAGUCCUUGAAAACUGUCUCUCCUACGAUGAAAUGAAGCUAUCGGCUAUGGUGUAUGUGAGCGGCCAUACUGAGUGCAUCAACGAUGGUUCUAGAAACAAUUCUGGGGUUGUCAUGGAGAAGGGAGUAGAAGAAGACGCUGUUAUUAUUGGCGUAAUAGGUGCUCGAUUCGAACGCAAAUUACGUAUGGACUGCGAAGACAUAUUGAUAACGGAGCAACAGAACAAUCUAGAAAAUGGCUACGGAGAAGAAGUGACUCCCACCACAUGUUUGAACGUGCUGAGGACCACUUACGUUAGGAAUAAUAACUCUUCCAGACAUUUGUGGAGGCAGAUGUGGUCAGAGUUUUAUCAGGUGCACAGCUACACAUACGAAGAGCUAACAUCAUACGUGAAUAUAUCAGACAAAACCGAAGAAAAACGCUAUACCGACCGAUACGUGAAGUGUCCCGGCACUGAAUGUAUAUUCGAUAAUGAGGUGUAUUAUAAGAGAAUCAGUAUCCUUGCUGAGACCACCUUGUUAGAAGCGGACUAUAGAGCGAAAGAGACGGGGAGAGACGCUUUCUUAAAUGUCAUUGGAGCUGGUCUAGGCGUAUGGAAGAUAUCACCACACCAAACAGAUGUAUACGUUUUAACCUUCUUAGAGCGAAUCCGUUCGUUCUUAAAGAAGGAUUUAUUGAAUCAUGUGUCUGAUGUUAACUUCGCGUACAUUCGUCCCACUGCUGGGAUACUGGGCUUAUUCGGGGAUGGGGAUGAGAAGAGAAUAUUUUUCGAGUGCAAGAAUCAUCCUAGAGGUGGAAUAAACGUCCAGUUGGAAAACAGAGAGCCGUCCGCGAAGUUGCAAGGGGAACACGAGGGGAAACUGUUAGUCAUGACGUAUCCAUGGGACGGUAACGCGCACCCAGGCAAUGAAUUUUGGCUGGGCAGCCUGCGGGGCUCCGGCGACCCGGCGGCGGCGAGCUCGUCGCAGGUGUCGGAGCUCCACAACGCGCACGUCAACCGCGCCGUGCGCGCCGACCGCGCGCGCGUCGCCGGGAAACACGGCCUUCGUACACUCUCUGAUCACUGCGCGAGUAUUGACACUUAAGUCUAAGGCUGUUAGGUCUAUAAUCGAAUGACGACAUAGUUACUUUUAAAUAUUAUUAUUCAAAUCAAAAUAUGCAUGUUCAAUUCCAACUUUAAAUAUGAGUUUCAGGAAAUAUAGUGUUGGUAAUGUUGGUAAAUGAGUGAUAUUUGAGUGUACGGUGGUUAGGUCUAUAUUUGCAUAACAUUUAUUAAUAUACAUUUACUAAUAACGCACAUUUAUUCCAAACUUAAAAUGCAGUUGCAGAAAAUAUAGAUAGUGUUACUACGAUGUCUGACCACUACGCGAGACACUUAUUACUUAGUUUAAGGUGGUAAGGUCUAUUUUCGUUUCUUCAAUAUUAUAUUUUUAUUCUUUAUAAGGUACGCACAUGAAAUGCGAGUUGCAGUAAUAUUCAAUACAUUGGGGUAGAAUUUAUAUUUUAGAUAUAUAAAUUAAUUUUAUCAGCUGCAAGGAAGAACACAUUUUAUGGUUAUAAAAAUAAGGUCUAAAUCUGAACGCAUUCUUAGCCUAAAAAGAAUAAUUUCAAAGAUAAUGUGCCAUCUUCUCUUUAAAAAAAUACAUUACUUUAUUACUUUUUCACUUUAUAUGUAGUUCUAUUAGAGCCUACUUUUCUAAAUAGUUGGUUAUUAAUAGUAGUUGAGAUUGAUUAACAUAAGCAAUAUUUUUAUUAUUAAAUUAAACUAAAACAAAAUUUACACACAUUUCUUUCAUUUUUUUCGGCAUUUCACAGAAUUUUAACUGUGAUAUGGUACUUAUGUGUGUGUGUGUGUGUGUGUGUGUGUGUGAAGUUUUGGACUGAUAUUUUUAUGUAACAUGGAAGUUGUAUUAUAUAUUUUAUGUUAUGUGGUAUAACAUGUGCAGUGUAAUAUUCUACAAUCUGUUGUCAUGCGAAAAAAAAGGUGACUUAACAUUUUUUUUUUACUUUUAUGUGAAUAUAUAUUUAUGUGAAUACAUAACCCUGUCUAGAAAAAAUACUUGAUGGUUACUAUAAACAUUGCGAACCCUAAUUAAUUAUAAUAUUGGAUGCAAGCAAUGACGACCCUUAGUCCCUUAUACACAAGGCUCAUACUAGUUUGCAGUAUUCAAGAAAGGGUAAUAUGCUUGAUGUGUUUCUGUAAUAAGUUAUUUAUAUAAUAUUUUGGAACUGCCCAGAUCGGGUAUACGCAAUAUUCUCAUCAGUGUAAUCAGGUUUUAAAUGUUAAUAAUGUACAGGUAUUACACACGCACGUGGCUUUUUAUAUCCUUUAUUUUUAUGUCCAAAUCAUCGGACCAUUAACCUGUAACAAUAAUAAUAUGUUACUCAAUUUCGAAAAAUGACAUUUACGUUUUUUUUCGUAUGACGUCAGUAUUUGUGUUUUUUGUCAGAUUAAUUUGCCGUAAUGUGCUAUAAUGAAAAGUAUAAUGUUAUAUACUAUUGUAAUUAUGACAAUAUAUAAUGUGUUGUGUACUUUAAAUAAAGGAUGUAAAAAAAUAUUAUAACGCUUGUUUAUACACAAACACGAGAAAUGUGGUCUAUUCUGAAGUUGCAAUGUAAAGGAAACUCCGUUUUUUUCUUACAUGUCUUAUGUGUGAACAAUCUUUUUAUGAUUUUUUUAAAGUAGCUAUAUCAUGUCCCACUGCUGGGUAAAAGCCUCCCAACUCCCUUUCCAUGUAUGCCUGUCUCUGGUCUUUUACGUCAAAUUUUUUAUGAUUUUACGUCAAUACAAAUUGAAAUAGAUUUUACAAAAAUAUGAUUCGUGGUUACCAAAUGUUUUAUUAAUAUUUUAUUAAAUUUCAAUAAAAUUCAAUAUCACAUACUGGACUUGUAGAAAAAAACGGAGCGUAUGUAAUUUAGUAUAUGGAAAUAGGUACAGUUUUUGUUAUUAUCUAAGAAUUGUAUUAUUAUACGAUUCAUUACACAAUGCCAAAUGUGUAUUGACUAAAUGAGUUUCAAUAAUAGAAUAUUAUUUUAGCAUGAGUUUGGAAACGUUUAAAAAUAAAUGUAAUAACUUUUCAGACUGUAACUUUCAAAAAUCGCACUUAACUAAAUCGCACUUAAGAUUUGAAUUUGCUUGUAUUAUAUUUUAUGGAACAAUUUAGAAAACUAUUGCUUAUGAAAUUGUAAUUUGAGCUUUAUGCAUCCACAUUUAGGUCUAUAUUUGUAUGACGAAAUACUAGCUUACUACUUUUAUAUUAAAAUGCAGUGUUAUAUACAGAUUUCAAUGCAUCUCAUCAAUAUUAUUAUAAAUAAAUUCUAAUUAAGUACAUUAACAAAAUUUGACAAUUACAACAGAGUAUAAAAUAUAUUUGUUUUAAAAUGACACUUGUUUUUUUAAGCACCGAAACAUGUGUCUGAUAAAUGUGGAUGUAAUAUUAUGUAAAUUGAUACAACUAAUUAUUAGUAAAUAUAUAUAUUUAUCUAGAAAUAUAUUGGUGAAUAGUUAUAAAAAUACUGAUAUAAUGAGCAGAUGAUUUUUCACAAGAUAGACUCUGUCUAUAAAAGUAAAAAAAAACCACUAAACCUAAACUACCGGUCAAUGGACGACAGUUUAAUAAAUCCGUACUAAUAUUAUAAAUGCGAAAGUUUGUGCCUAUCUGCCUGUCUGUUCCGCCUAAACUGCUGGACAGAUUUUGAUGAAAUUUGGUAUGCAUGUAGUUAAAAACCCCAAUUCAAACAUAGGCAUGUUUGAAUUGGGGUUUUUAACUAUUACUACUGGGGUAUUAUGUAAUCUGUGCUACUACUUACUUUAUCAAAAAUUAAUCGCCAAAUCUGCAAGAAGUCUCUGCACGCGUCGCUGUGGUCGAGACGUGCCACAUGUUGCCACGGGACUUUCGUGGCGCUGUCUCUAGAAGUAAACUAGCUUUUCUAUUAUACGCCGACUAUUCACUAUCGGCAAACAGUUCGCCAAACUUUGGCGGUUUCGUGCAUUGCUAGUUUUUCCUUGGGGUAAAUAAAAUCUUUAAUACAAAUUACGCAAUGUACGUUGCGUAUCGGAGUUCGGCGAUGUGUGUAGCCGUCAUAACAUAGAGUGAUAAUAUGUUUGUACUAGAACUUUCAUACGCGUAGAAUGUGCCUAUAAUUGUUAUAUUAUAAUGUAUUUGUAGGUAAAUCUAGUUCGUCCGUUUAGCCAUUUGUUAUAUCUAUGGAAAUAUAUGCAAGUGUUUUAUAUUAA